GAUUCCAAAUGAUUGCUCUUUGUUCCAAGGUUWUCCAGGCGCUCAUUGAAAAAUGGCCACGUCAGAGAGUGCCAGUUUGAGUAAAACUGUGAAGCAGCAGUUUAUGGACCUUCCUCAGGGAGACAAGGUCCAGGCCAUGUACAUCUGGAUAGAUGGGACUGGAGAGGGGCUCCGCUGCAAGACCAGAACRCUGGAUUCUGAACCCAAGACCAUUGAUGAUCUCCCAGAGUGGAACUUUGYUGGUURCAGUACGUACCAYUCGGAGGGCUCCAACAGCGAUAUGUACCUUAUCCCUGCUGCCAUGUUCAGAGACCCCUUCAGGAAAGACCCCAACAAACUGGUCCUGUGUGAAGUGCUCAAAUACAACCGCAAGCCUACAGAAACUAACCUCAGGCUGAUGUGUAAGAAGAUCAUGGAGAUGGUAGAGAACCAGGUGCCGUGGUUUGGCAUGGAACAGGAGUACACCAUCCUGGGAACAGACGGACAUCCCUUUGGCUGGCCUUCCAAUGGCUUCCCUGGUCCACAAGGGCCCUACUACUGUGGUGUGGGAGCAGACAAGGCGUAUGGUAGAGACGUCGUAGAAGCCCACUAUAGAGCUUGUCUUUAUGCUGGGGUUAUGAUCUGUGGCACCAACGCUGAAGUCAUGCCAGCUCAGUGGGAGUUCCAGGUUGGGCCAUGUGAAGGUAUCAACAUGGGUGACCACCUCUGGGCUGCUCGGUURAUCCUCCACCGGGUGUGUGAAGACUUUGGCGUGGUGGCCUCAUUCGACCCCAAGCCCAUCCCUGGGAAUUGGAACGGCGCUGGCUGCCAUACAAACUUCAGCACCAAGGAGAUGAGAGAAGAUGGUGGAUUGAGGGGCAUCGAAGAUUCGAUUGAGAAGUUGGGAAGGAGACACCGCUACCACAUCCGUGCCUACGACCCCAAAGGGGGGCUGGACAACGCCCGGCGCUUGACCGGUCACCACGAAACGUCCAACAUCCACGAGUUCUCAGCCGGCGUGGCAAACCGCGGCGCCAGCAUCCGCAUACCCCGCUCGGUGGGUCAGGACAAGAAGGGCUACUUCGAYGACCGCCGCCCAUCUGCUAACUGCGACCCAUAUGCAGUCACGGAAGCUCUGAUACGCACAUGUUUGCUCAGUGAAGAGGGGGAGGAGCCUAAAGAAUACAGCAAAUGAACUAGAUACUCUUUUGGUCUUGAAAUAAUCCCCCUCCUGUCCUAUUGAGCUACAUCUCAAGUGUCAUUCCAAGUACUGUUUUGUCUGUGGCUUUGUAAACCCCUUGCAUAUUGCAAGUSUUGACCAUCCAUGUAUGGCUUGCUUUUUAACCCUUUUCAUGGGAGAAUCUUCAGUACAUUCUGCAGUCUGUGUUCAGGGUAGAGUAGACCCCUACCUUUUGAUCACUMCCAACAUUGCCCUUUUUAAUUGAUGCUAUGGACUUAACAAUUCCAGACAGAUGUCUGUUGGAGSGAUAAAUGUUUUCUAUGUAUAGGUCUACUUCUAGUUAUGUGUAUCAAUUUGCUACUCAUAAUAUUGUUUAACAUGAUUUACUAACCAAGAUGCUGUAGAUUUUGUGGGGGGCGCGUCUCUUAAGGAUUUGUAUACUGUUCUAGUGGCCAGCUAUGGAACUUAUAUUGCAAGUGACCGGUUCUGUCUUUUUUGUAACAUAAAAAAAAAUCUAAUUUUACCAUAA